AAAGGUAUUUGUUGAUAUGUGAGAAAAUGGUGUUGGAUCUGUAAUUUGACUAAGCUGCAGGGGCUGGAUAAUAAGUAACCCAAUUAUCUAUGAUCUCUAGAACUCCCAAAGCAGAAGCUAAAGAGUGCGUAAGAGAUAAAAAAGGAAAAAGAAAAAGCAAUCUCUUUGAAUCAAAGUCAUUAACCAAAGGCCGUCUCCUCAAUUGAAAGCGUAAAUGUCACUGUUAAAUCAGCUCUUCAACAGAGGCGUUUUUGGUGCUAAGUGCAAAACAUGCUUGACACUGUCAAUUUCCCGCAUAAAAUUGCUGCAAAACAAAAGAGAUUUGCAGCUCAAACAUAUGCGCAAGGAAAUAGCUCAAUUUCUGCAGGCUGGUCAAGAAGCAAUAGCUCGAAUACGGGUGGAGCAUGUCAUACGAGAACAAAACAUAUGGGCUGCUUAUGAGAUAUUGGAGCUGUUCUGUGAGUUUGUUCUUGCACGUGUUCCGAUUCUUGAAAGUCAGAAGGAAUGUCCAUUUGAAUUACAAGAGGCUGUUGCAAGCAUAAUAUUUGCUGCUCCGAGAUGUUCAGAAGUGCCAGAUUUAUUGCAGAUCAAGAAUUUGUUUACUACAAAAUAUGGGAAAGAAUUUGUCAUGGCUGCUUCUGAGCUUCGUCCUGACUCUGGCGUCAACCGUGCAAUUAUCGAAAGGCUUUCAGUUAAUGCUCCACCAGGAGAGGCAAGGCUUAAGGUUUUGAAGGAAAUUGCACAUGAAUAUAACUUGGAGUGGGAUUCUUCUAAUACAGAAGCCGAGCUUGGUAAAAAGCAUGAAGAUCUUCUGGGUGGAUCAAAGCAAAUUGUAGCUGAAGGUGCACUUUCUCAAGCUCCCAUGAAACAGAGCUCCCCUAAACCUCCAUGUCUUAAUGGGACUAGUCCUAUUAUAGACACAGAUAGCAAGCAAGGAUUUGUAUCUCAAAAUGUACAGGCUCCUAGCACCAUAAGUCAUCUGACCUCUGUGGAUAAUGAAAUUGAACCUUCAAUCAGGCAUCAAACAACAGAAGCAUUUACAGAUGCUAAAAGGAGAACAUUGGCAUCUUCUGAUGUCCUGGAGAGAGCUCGAGCUGCCAUUGCCUCUGCAGAGCGAGCAACUGCAGCUGCCCGUGCUGCUGCUGAACUAGUAAAUGUUCAAUUUGGUUCAUUGAAGCUCCAAGGGAAGUCAUCAUAGUGCUUGAACAAUUGUUCUUCAACUUUGAUUCUCGUGAUGCUAAUCUGCAGCUAUUCAAUAUCACAAAAGAAAGCAUUUAAAAUUGCAACUGAAAGAAGAAAAUGUACAUUAUUACUGCAUAAGACAGUGUUUAACAGAAGCUGUAAAUCUGGAGUUGCUCCUAGGCGAAAGGCAAAUUGUAUUUACACUCUGAUGGUCAAGGGCUGAAUGUAUUUGUUUUCCCUGCAAUAAAUUUGUGGUCUCUUUCUUGCA